GAGAAUUGACAGAAGUUAAUGGAACAAUUUACAGUCCUAACUACCCCUGUCGCUUCAGAGGACCUCAGUAAUGUCGAUGGACCAUCAAGCCAAGCGGCCCCACAAAAAUUAUAUUGAUAACGAUCGAAAACUUCCGUUUGGAUCGUCACGAGUACUGCAGCAAGAACACGUGGCUCAGUGUUACAGCAGGGCGCUACAAUAAUGAUACUUUACUUUGUGGUCACAUCGAUCGCUUUGACCUCGUUAUAUCAAAUGACGAAGCUGAGAUUGGGUUUUAUACCCGAGAGCAUAACGAAGGUGAUGCCUUUCGCGCAUGGUACCAAGCUCUGGAAAAUGAUAUUCCAGAAACACACGAGCCUUCUUGGUCACUCAGAGUAGAUGACACUGAACCGACAACGGUUCAAAUAUCGUUUGAUGAUUUUGUACAUCGCGAUAAACACGUGGAUACUUUUUUCGUGAAAGUCACUGAGGCACACAAACACGUGUCAAUGUUGGUCCCUUUUCCAACCCAUGAAAGAUCUCGACGUGUCGAGUACCUCAGCCCCAACCGUAAAUAUUUUAUACAGAUCAUGGCAUUUACGGAUGAUGGGAUGUACACGAGUGAAAACAUCAGCGCGAGGACCGACGAAGGAGCUCCAACCAUGUCACCUUUGAACGUACGCGCGGAAAGCCUCUCCGAACACAGUGUCAGGGUACGAUUCAAUCCCAUUCCUCUAAGUCACCAUAACGGUCCUCUCCAGGGAUACAACGUGUAUUAUAGAAACAGAGAUCACCAUCAUGACCAUGAAGGAACGAAGAAAUCUAUCAGCGCGUCCGAGAGACAAGUGGUUAUAGAUGGAUUACAAUCUAUGCAAGAGUACGAAAUUUCAAUGUCCGCAUUUAAUGAUAUGGAAGGACCUCGAUCUGACGAGAUAGAAGUUGUUCCUGGUUGUGGUGGAGUCAUCAAUAAAACAGCUGCAGUUAUAAGCCUCUAUAAGACGAACUGGGACACGUAUCAUUGCAAAUGGAGAAUAUACGACAAUGGUGUGAGAAAUGCAGUCUUACUCCUUUCAGUGCAAUACCUGCGUUUCCAUUCUUGCGGUUAUGAAUACGCCAAAGUGUACUCGGAAGAUGGCAUCGCUCUUCAUCAUAAGGAUUGCUCAACCGUUCGUGGAGAAGUACAUGAAGUACCUUUUGGUAGUUCGGACGUUGUACACUCAGAGGUGUUUAUACAAAAUAUGGAGAGCAAGAUUGUCACUGACCUUGUCAUUUUGAAAGGAGGUUUACACUCAGCUCAACCAACUCAGGUGCCUUGGAAUAUCAAAGGAAAUGAAGGAAGCGAUUUCAUUUCACUGGACUGGAGUGGCUUCCCUGGUAACCUCGGUGUAAACUUCUUUGUCAUAUCCCUAAACCAAACAGAGCUCUCCCCAUACAAGAAGGACGACUAUCACCACGAUGACAAGGAAAAUAAGCUAGUUCGGUUUCAUAAAAUCGUCAACUCAUGCGAAACUUUCAUUAAUAUAACGGACCUUCCUAUAGCUGCGAAGUUUAUAGCCACAGUUUACAUCGUAAAUAACAACAAUGAGAUUUACAAGAGCGAGAAACUCAUGAUCUCGACGGAGGAGGGAGUGCCACUAAGGUUUCCUCAUCCUCAUGACUGGUCGACCAACUUGGAUAGUAACACUGUGUCGUUCCAACUCAGUUCAAUCGAGAGGAGAUACCGAGGUGGUGAAAUCCUGGGCUAUCGUAUCAUUUAUGGGCCCUGCUGUGAUCCAAAUAACUUACAAACCAUGGAAGUGGACGCUGGUACUAGAAGAGUCACCUUGGAAAAUCUUACUGACAGUCUCACUUAUGCUGUUCAUAUUGGUGGAUAUACAAGCAAGGGAAUGGGUACUAUAGGAUCAUUCGGGGCAACUUUUUGUGGUGGCGAUAUGGAGGCGGAUACCGACCAGAUUACGAGUCCCAACUAUCCUGGUACCCCAUACAUUGGUCACGAUCAGUGGGACGAAAACCCGAAAUGCUACUGGAACAUUGCACCCAAGUCUAGCGUGUCGGGAAUAUUCCUCACAGUCAGAAAUUUUCUCCUUGGUCGCAGAGAUGAAGGAAACCGAUGCCAUGGUCAGCUGAGGAUGUACUUUCCCGGCAUAUCAGAAAACGAUGAGAACCUAGCCACUGACCUUUGUGGAUACAUACCAGAAAACCUGACUAUACUGGUAAUAGAUAAAGUUCUCAAUCUUAGAGCAUCGGGAUUUGGAUAUCAGCGAUACGAGGAAGAAUAUCGUGACAAAACCAAAUUUCUGAUCGACUAUGAAGCUGUAAAAGGCGACAUCACCACUGUGACAGGGGAAGCGAUUGACUCAUGGACAGGACUUCAGAUGGUCGUCGGCUACACUUAUGUCACAGUAUCCUGGCCUGAGCCACCAAGCAGCUUCAUCAGUUCUUCUUCCGUGGAUUAUUACCAGGUCCUCGUGGGAGGAUGGUCUGAUAGGAUUUACGUACCGCAGAACGUAGCAGCGGAGGAAAAGACGCUAAAAUAUGAGUGGUUGUUUCCUUUGAGAAAUUACACCCUGAAAGUUAUAACUGUGCUAAAAGAUGGAAGACGUGGAUGCACGGACUGGAUCAAGUUUAGGACUACGGAAGGAGUGCCUGCAAGAAACCCAUUCAUUGAAACGAUUGAGGUCAUUGAUUACAGCACAAUAGGGGUCAGGUGGCAUAAGAUAGACACAAGCUAUGCCAAUGGCAUCAUACGUGGAUAUCGGGUGCACAUCAUACAGGCUAACGACCACGAUUGCUCGCAAGGCUUUUAUGAUAGCGUUACCGUUGGUCCCGAGGAAAUUGAAGUGACACUCACAGGACUACCCGCGGGGACCGACUUCCGUGUGUGGGUCACUGCGUUUACAUCGAUUGGGGAAGGUCACCAGAAACAUGAACGAUGGGUGAAAACAAAAUGCGGGGCUCCGCUGCACGAUAAGAAAGGUCUCAUCCGCAGCCGCGAAUUUCCAUCAAGGAUUAAAAGUGGUGAUUGCCUAUGGGACAUUUACCCUAAAAACAAAAGCGUUCUGAUACAUUUUGAGCAUUUCAGCCUUCCAGAAAGUGAUGAAUGCAGAGAUUUCUACGCGACUGUAGGGGAUAGUAGUGGUGUUGAACCUGAGCAGAUUUGCGGUGAUAGGGAGCCAUUUGACGUUCUUGUACAGGCAAAGAAAGUGCUCCUUCUCUCCCACGCUGAACAUGAAGCCCAGGGGGACAGAACAGGAUUUGAACUGCACUACAUGACUCUCAAUCAUUCUGUCUCAGAAGCUGAAUUAAAAUCAGGCUGGACUAUAACAGCUUCCAAUGUCGCUUCGUCGACCGCAGAAAUCGCAUGGUCACACUAUUCACCAGGUGCAGGAGAGACACUUGUCCUAUACGCAAUCGUCUGCACUCCAACUUCGCAUGCGGCUGGACCAUCCAUAACAACCGUGAAGAAGGAAAUUGAUGAAUCAAACGCAGAGCGCUUGCGACCAUACACGAAUUAUACUGCCAAAGUUAUCGCCUUGGUCAAAAAUGAACUUGGCGAGAUGAGUCUUAAAGGAAGUGAGGAAGUAUCCAUCACAACUAGGGAAGGCGUUCCAAGUAAGCCUCCAGAAGAUGUCGCCGCAAGCGCCGACGAUGGCAUCAUAACUGUCACAUGGAAGCAUAUUCCGAGUGAUUACAUCCACGGAAUGUUAGUUGGCUACCGGAUCUACUAUCGUUUGUAUGAAGGCUGGGUAGAUGACAAAGAGCUCGACCUCAACCAGUUUUCCUUCAUCGAGGUUAUUGAUACUGCCCUGGAAGCGAGCAUCGUGAAUUUGACCAAUUUCGAGACCUAUGAAGUGAUGGUUGCUGGCUUCACUGCCGUAGGAGAGGGACCAUUUAGCGAACGUACCCAUAGCAGACCAGGCUGCCAAACCAGUAUACGCAGUGAUAUGCGGGUCAUAUCAUCUCCUGGAUAUCCAGACAACUAUCCGAACGACGUGGAAUGUUACUGGAUUUUUGAGAAGGAAAUGCCUGUAUUCGAUGUGGUCGUUGUCAUCGAAGAUUUCCACACAGAGGAACCGGAUGGAGGAGCAAAUUGCACGAAUUGGAUAACAGAUUACAUUGGAUUAUUUAACCUUGCGCCAUUACACGUAGCUGCUGGUCCAUUUUGCGGACUUCAAAGCCCUUUUGCCUUGACUGCAAAGAGUUACCAACAUCGCCGUGCUCUGCUUUAUUUCCGCACAAACAAUGGAUUUGCUUUCAAAGGUUUCACCUCUACCUACUUUGCUAUUACGGAUUCGUCAAAGAUCACUGUUUCUCUUGGCGCCAUCAAAAAUGUUGAGGUUCAGAUGACUUGGAAAUCCUCCUCCGACGGGGACAAAAUUAAAGAAUACUACAUUCUUUAUAAACCUGUCAAGGAAAAAGAAAUCUGGAGAUUUAAAAAGACUGUAACUCUGUCGGCUACACUGGUACCGCUUGAAACAUUAACAGAGUACGACGUAAGAGUAGUUGGGUACACCAAUGGCAGAGAAGUCUACGCGAGUAAGGUUACUCGCUUUACCACAAAAGAAUCAGAUGACGGUGGUGAACCAACUAAGGCCCCAGAACCAGCCCCAAUCCUACGGAUGUAUCCUUACGGGAUUGACGCCGGAGACUCAGUCAUUACAUUUCCGUCGAGAACUGAGUGCUUUAGAAUUGGCAGAGAAAAAUUUGAAAUUGGUGGUUUUCCGUUCUUUGACAGAAGGCACAGGAAACUUCACAUAUGUCCAAAUGGAGCUAUCCAGUUCGAACGAGACGGACUCAAUGAGAAAGCAUACAACUUUGGUCAAAGACCUUGGCUUAGAUAUUUCUCAAUAAUUGCUCCUUAUUGGGCACCGACCGACCUUGAGUCGUUCAAAAGUGGUCCUUCGAAAGUUUUCUAUCAUUUGUAUGAUGCAAGACAAGCGGGUUCCAUUGCAAUCCUAGAGAACGCUACUUCCGAUGUACUUGGCAAAUUCAGUGGGGAACUGCCACAAGGAAAAACAUUUAACGCAUCUUGGGUGCUUGUAGUUACGUGGAAAGAUAUUCGUCACAAGGUCUUGAAUGAUGACACUAAAACUUUGCACAAUACAUUUCAAACUCUACUGAUUACUGAUGGCAUUUUCUCCUUUACGAUGUUCAACUACCCCCAUAACGGAAUACAAUAUUCAGCACCAACGAAACGUGAAUAUUAUGAAUACUUUUCUAACUACAAACAAUUGCCUGUUAUUGGCUGGAAUGCUGGUGACAGCGACAAUAAUUAUGUCAACUACCAAAGGUCAGGAACUGUUCAAGCUGAAACUAUCGAUAAUCUCGUUGGAAAUGCUAAGAUACCUGGAAGAUGGAUCUUCCGACUUGAAAAUUCGAAUGGCGAAGAGGACAGUGACUUGAAGUGUGAAAUGUGGUAUUUCAAGGAGAGGAAAGCUUUAUUCUUCUACAGGAAGGAGCCAGAUCCGUGUCCCUGUACCGGGGUUCAAGGAUACUUUGAUGAUCGAUAUGAAUGGGUAGAGGCGGAUUUCCCCUUCAGCUACUGUUUUUACACAAAAUUCCCCAGAGAAGGGCGUGGCCGUAAAUGCUGCUAUUACACCACCUUAGAUAAAUUGGCAGCCCUUAUUAUCGGAUUCCCUGGUGGAGGUUCCCUCCAUCGAUACCACAGCCUUACUGCGUCACUGAAAGACCAACACGAAGCAAGUGACCUCGACGGAUUCCGAUAUUGCUGUCUACAGGCUAAGAAUCCAUUAAUGUGCAGAAAGUAUUAUGAAUUACGACCAUCUAAGGGAUGCGAUGGAUACGAACCACCAGAGUGGAGCUGGUUGUGGGGCGAUCCUCACAUUGUGACGUUAGACGGUCAAAACUACACAUUUAAUGGCCUUGGGGAAUACACUAUGGUGGAGUUACAAGAUGCAUCAUUCCAGCUGCAAGCUCGAACGAAACUUGCUAAAGGAGGAGGAACAGCAACCGUUUUUGUCGCAGCUGUGGCAAAAGAAAAAGAUACAAGCACUGUGCAGGUUAAUUUGAAAGAUGAAGGAGGUUUAGAGGUGCUCGUGGAUAGUGUUGUUUACCAAAACUACACUUCCUUGACAAACAUCAGUAGAACUCUCGACGGAUCUGUGUCAGUUGCCCGACCAGAAAAUAACUCCUUCCUCGUCGCGUUUCCGUCUGGAAUAUCUGUAACAAUUACUGAAGUGCAAGGAUCACUUUCCAUAGUUUUCGCUGCCCCAACCAAUUUGAAAGGGAAAACCAAGGGACUUCUGGGCACAUGGAACGACGACGUAGAGGACGACUUUCUGAGACCGGAUAACACGACAUUACCAUCUAAUUCUACAGGCAGAGAGAUACAUUUUGAAUUCGGGUUGAAGUGGCAAGUAACGUCAGACACGAGCCUUUUCACUUACAAACCUGGAGAAAAUACGAGCUCUUUCGUAAAUGAAUCAUUUGUUCCAAUUUUUCUGGACGAGCCCAUUCCGUUUGCUAGUGAUGAGCUGAAACAGAAGGCCGAGGCUGUAUGUGGAGGGGAUGCCAACUGUUUGUUUGACAUAGCAUCUACCGGAGACGUUGAAGUAGGAGCCAGCACCAAGCAAGUUGCAGUGCAGUUGGAAAGUGAAUCCCAAGAAUUACAAAAUUUCCCUCCAAAGAUUUUGGUUGGGCCAACUGAGCUUAACAUUACAGUCAACACCACAGCAAACGUAACGAUUGUGGCGCAGGAUCCUAACAACGACACGAUAACUUUUUCUGUUACUGGGACACUUCCAAAGGGGUAUACGACAUCAACCACCGAUUCCUCAUUGUCAUUUAAAUGGGAAGUGACCACUGAUAAGAUCGACAUACAGUUCAUAGUGGCCGAUGCAACAACUAAAACAGUUUUACAGCCAAGUAUCAACAUCUGCGCAUGCCAAAACCAAGGGGUUUGCGCACCCGUGGAGGAAGAAGAUGCUGACAACAGUGCUGACAGCAACGAGAACAAAUUUACUAUUCUGUCAUGCACCUGUCAGAAUGGUUAUACUGGAACUUUUUGUGAUGCAGAUCUCGACGCCUGCGAAGAAAAUUUCCAACCAUGUUACCCGGGUGUGACUUGUAACGAUUUGCCAGCGCCUGCAAACAAAACAGGGUUCAAGUGUGAUCCUUGCCCGAACGGGUAUUCUGGUGAUGGAAUAGAAUGUUCAGACGUCGACGAAUGUAAUAAGAACACUGAUGGCUGCAGCGACACCUGUAUCAAUACUCCCGGAUCAUUUGUGUGCCAGUGCAACGCGGGAUACUCUCUUGGGAUAGACAAGAAGACAUGCACAGAUAUUGAUGAGUGUUCUCCAGUCGGUAAUUGUAUGCAUGUUUGUGAAAACACCCAGGGAAGUUAUAACUGCAAAUGCAAUGCAGACUUCAAGGUGGACCCGGAUGAUUCAAAGAAAUGCAUACCUAUGAAUCCUUGUGAAGGAAAUCACGGCUGCCAGCAUGUCUGCUACCAGUCCAAUGGCCAAGAUAAGUGUUCAUGCAAUGCAGGGUAUGAGUUGAAUGGAGAUGGAAAAACGUGCUCAGAUGUGGAUGAGUGCUCUUCAAGCGACAACAACCGAUGUAGUCAGACUUGUAAAAACACAGUGGGAAGCUAUGAAUGUUCCUGUGUAGCCGGUUUUAAACUUGACAGCGAUAGCUACGCUUGCAACGAUAUUGACGAAUGCAUGGAGUUUACGUUUAGCUGUGAUCCUUCGCAGAAGUGUGAAAACACGCCUGGUUCCUACAAGUGCGUGUGCGAUGAAGGACUCUAUUGGAUAGAUAACAUGUGCAAAGGGCUCGAAAAAGGCGAGGCUCCUCCACCACCCCCACCUGCCUCAACCCCAAGGACACCAACAGAUGAAGAGAAGAGUGAAUCAGUCAAUGUCGAGGCAGCCCUCGAUAUCUCUCUGUGGAACGCGGAAGUUGAAGAGAAGUUCAAAACUACCCUUGCAGAAGCAGCUACCACACACUGCGCGACGAACGACGACUGCAAGUCCAAGGAAACAGGUUCAAGGCGCCGGAGAGCAGCGAGCUACGUUACAUUUACCGAGGAUCAAGUUCAUCUUUUGCCCGGUUACCCCAAGCAAAUAUCUGUAGUACCUCUCCUGGCAAGCCUCGCAUUUUAUCUACAAUUUCCUCCUGGAUCGUCGGCUCCCGUCAUAAAGAAAGACGUCUUGGCCGCCAUCAUCCAAGGGUCACUGUCUGAGCUCUCAAGCUCCAUAAACGCCAAUAUAUCGAGUGUACAAAUUCUUUAUGCCGAUACAACGACGACAACGACAGGAACGACUCUUAUGACCACAGCGAUUCCGACAGAAAAAGACAGAUCUAAAAUGCAUGCCAUCGUUGGUGGAUGUGUUGCUGGUGCUGUGAUCCUCAUUCUUGUCAUUAUUGCCAUCGCCUGGUAUUGCAACAGAAGAAAGAAGAACGGAGUUGGGAAACAACGAGUCGACAGUGAGCGGUCAAUUUCCCGACAAGUCUCAGGGAUGGAGAUGGCAGCUGUUAAUGAUGCCUAUAUGACGAGCCAAGAUUCUUUUCUACCAGGAUCAGUGGAGCCACAGUAUGCAGAACUAAAGCCACAAUAUGAAGAACUGAAACGGCCCGAAAAUGAAUAUACUAUGUUGAAUAGUAAAAGGUAAAACCCGGAGGAGAACAUGGCGUUCGUAAGCAAAUUUCUUCGCUUAAAUCUUAAGUUGGUUUGUUUUAAAUGGUGCGCUUAACAUCAUGGAGUAUGAGGACAUCUUCUUUUCUGUACAUGUUUAUAGAUAGUUCAACACUAAGGGAGGAGACUCUCUGGCCUUUCAACAUUACUUAUUAUUCUACUUGAAUUUUGUUUCACUCCUUAGUUUUUCUUUUAUUUUCCGUUACAUCACAAAAGUGUGCGUGUGUGUCAAUUUGUGUUUUAUUUCUUUGUACUUUAUCUUAACCCCUACCGUACUUAUAGUGUUAAGGAAAGAGCUCGUAUUAUUCGAGAUCCCCCAGUUUCAAUGUGGCUUUCCUCGGAGGAAAUCCAGUAUGAUCUAUUUUUAAUACAUCUUAUCGAUACACGAGCGGUAAAUAUUUUCUGGCAAAAUAGGCAACUAAAAGUGUAAACAGACUCUUAAAGAGAAAAGUGAAACUUGACAGCAUGUCUGGAACAUUUUUCGCUGAUUGAACGAAAAUUUUUGUACUUUUUUUAGAAGUUAUUGCUAUAUGUUUCAUGAGUACAAAGAGAGAAUAGCUUAAGUAUGGCUGUACUUCAAGGAAAAGCUCGAGGAAGUAGUUAGCUUUUUAAUUGAUUAAGAUUUUCUGUGUUGCCUUUUUUUUUAAGUUGCAUGUUUCUCUUGUGGUUAGUUUAGAGAAACCAUGCACUUGGAUUAUUAGUACGACAAAUAGUUACAAUAAAUUAAAAUAAAUACGUU